GCUUCGAGUUGGAGAUGACUCAGCCUGAGGAGCCUGAGAGGAGUGGCUACACGGUCAUUCAGAGAGCGCUUUGUAGAUGAAAUGAUUAAGUGACAGAUUACAGCAGCUAUGGAGCUUCUUCUGCGUGUGUCCCUCUGUCUCCUGACGUUUAUUGGCAAAAUCUUUGGUGAUGAAAUCCAACUGUUUGCAACAGAGGACAGUGAUAUCAUCUUGUCCUGUUCUCCCAUUGGAAAGGACGACCUCACACAUCAAAUGUUCGACUGGAAGAGAAAUGAUACGCAGGAGGUGUUUUUAUAUGACAAUGGCGAUCAGUACAAGAAAAAAACUGGUCAACAUGAAAAUUUCAAAAAUCGUGUAGAGUUUUUCGAAGAUCAGCUCCAGUUUGGCAAUGCCUCCAUACGUAUCAAAAACACAAAGCUGACUGAUGCUGGAAUCUACAGUUGUGAAUUUCCAAAGCUUCAGCCACCAGGACAGAAGUUCUACAUUAAGCUUGUUGUUGGUUGCAUCUUAAAGGACAGAACCAAAGAUCCAGAAAGAAAAUACGGAUCUUGUCCAAAGCCAGCUAUCAAGAUUCUUCAGAAAGAAAAUAGUGGGGUGAAGGUGCAGUGUGUAGCUCGUGGUGCUUAUCCAGAACCUAAAAUGGAGUUGCAGAAUAGUGAUAACGUCACUAUUGAUUCUGAAAGUACUACAAUAUCUCGGAAUGGAAACUACUCUGACAUUAUCCUUCAAGUUGUUGUGACCAAGGAAGACUUCUACCAUUGUGUGGUUAAGCAAGAGAAAAUCUGCCAUCAAAUUUACUCAGAAGAGACCUUGGUGUUGAUGCCUUCUGGUGACAGCAAUAUGACUGCUGGAUUUAUUGGAGCUUUCAUUUCAGGUGCUGUUAUAACAGCUGCUCUCUCUUAUCUUUGGCAAAGAAGCAAAAAGAAAAGAGGUGAUGGUGCAGGUAAUCCACACAAACAGGGAGAUGACAAGACCAAAGAUUGCCAAGUCUCUGAGAAUUCAUCCCUUAAUCAUUCAUGAUGUGUCUAAAUCGACUAAGUAUGCAUGCGAUGAAGAUGGAUUAAUAUCUGACACAAUAGUCCUUUAAACAGGCAGUACUUACUGCCUACUAUUUGUUGGUAGUACUGUAUCAGCAGUACAACUAACAGAAUAUAUAGUAAUAUUCAGAAUGUUUUCACACCAAAGAUCCAGUGGUUUCUGUUUUGACCUUUGCUCAGUGUACACUUUGACAGUUUCCAAUUAUCACACAAAAUUACAUUUAACUGUGUAUUUUCUAAAAAAAAAAUUAAAACA